UUCAGUCAAGAAGAGGCCAUUAAAAUAGACGAAGAGUUGUUCAGUGAGUAUGGCUUUAGUGUGGAUCAGUUGAUGGAAUUGGCCGGUCUUAGUGUUGCCAUAGCUAUCGCUAAGAGCUAUGGAACAGUUAGCGGUGAUAAGAGGCCAACGGUUCUCAUCUGUUGCGGUCCCGGCAAUAACGGUGGGGACGGACUCGUGGCCGCCCGUCAUCUCAAACUAUUUGGAUUCCUUCCGACAAUAUUCUAUCCAAAGGCUGGGAAUUCUGUUUUGUUUAAGAAUUUGGUCAAUCAGUGCAACAAAUUUGACAUUCAAUUCAUUCCUGAUUUACCCAAAGAGACUCAACAGAUAAAGGAUUCUUACAAUCUUAUAGUGGACGCCAUAUUUGGGUUCAGUUAUAAGCCUCCGAUUCGGCCUCAAUUCGGCGACAUAUUGCGAAAAGUGGUGGAAUCGGGUCUAUCGGGUGUUCCCAUUAUAAGCGUUGACAUUCCCAGCGGUUGGAAUGUAGAGGAGGGCCCGCCAACUGACGGAACGCCUGUGAUUGAGGCCGACUGUUUGGUAUCGUUGACGGCUCCCAAGAAAUGUGCCAAACAUUUUACCGGUCGA